UCUAGUCUUGACUUGACGAGCGCGUCUCCGGUUUGGAAAGUUUGCAUCGUGGAAUCAGGAAGUCCAGUAAAAGGCUUAUGUUUAAUAGUAAUUUGUGUCUAACACCACCAAGGACAGUAAAGCUGUGUUUACCCUCUCUUGACGCCUCAGCCAUGCGAGUGAAUCCAGGCCUCCUUUCUGUGGAGGAACACUGCUCUGAUAGUGGGUAACCUAACCACUGACUCCAGUAGGAAUGUCUUACUGGUCUGUUGGCCUUCCCCAGGACUCUGGAGACACUCCUGGCAACAUGGAGCAAAAAAGCAGCCCUGGGGAGGAAAUGGGAGCCAAAGCGUCGCUGGUGGAGGGCACUGGGACCAACUCUGCGCUGGUUCCUUCUCCCACUCUGGAGAACAUCCAGGCAGCUUAUGAAGAUGGAGAAGAAGAUUUUGCCAGGGAGCUGAUUCAACAAGCAUGUUGUAAGGAAUGCAGCGCAGGGAUGCCCAACAUUGACAGGGUACGUCUCCUGUGUGUGGCUACUCAGCAUGCCGAUCUACAUAGUGUGCGUUACCUCCUAAAAGAAGCUCGUAUCGCCGUGCCCCAGGAGCCAUCCAACAGCAACCCAGUCAUCCUAGCAGCAUACUACGGCCACACCAGCCUGGUCAAAGAGCUACUGGACUCCAUACCUGGUCCAUGCUUGAGGAGAGACUUGCUGAACUGGAUGCUGGCCACAUCUUGCCAGCAGGGUCAUCUGGACGUGGUCCGUCUGUUGGUCCAUAGCUAUGAUGCUGAUGCCAAGGACUGUGCCAUCCACAGUGAUGAAUUUGCUGUUAUCACUGGACUGCCACUGUAUGCUGCUGCACAAGCACGUAGUGAGGAGAUAGCUGGCUUUCUGCUAGAGAAUGGAGCUGGAUUCUCCUCAUACACACUGAUGGACCAUCCAGCCUUCAGCAAACAUCUCCUCAGACUCAGACUACACGAAGCCUCCAGUGCAGAAGGAGAUAAGGCCGUCAGUGUGUGUUGGAGUGGUCUGCAGCUGCCGUGGUUGGAGCUGGAUUGGUUCAUGGAUGUCUCCUCACGUAUCACCCACCUGGAUCUGUCAUCCAACUGCCUGGCUGCCCUGCCCUCUGUGGUGCCCUGGGGUCUCAUUCACCUGAAGACUCUGGAUCUGUCUGACAAUGCACUUAAGGAGCUGCCGUUAGCUCCCAGCUCCCAGGAGGUCAUCUGCUCCAGUUUACAACAGGUAAAUCUCUCUCAGAACCAGCUCAACAGUUUGCCUCCUGGACUACUACAUCUGACAAAAAUCCAGAGACUUUCUGCUGCCAAGAACCAGCUCACGGUCCUGUUUGACAUCCCUGACACUACUAACUGGAUCGGUCUUCGCAAGGUGGAGGAGCUUGACGUGUCCGACAAUUUUCUGACCAGCCUGCCCACAGCCAUCAUGCACCGUUUAAAAUCCUUGAGCUCGCUCAAUGUGAGCAAGAACCAACUGAACACCUUCCCUGACCCCUGGGCCUGUCCACUGAGGCAGUGUAAAGCUUUUUCCAAUGUGAUUGAGAGUCUUCCCAACACCAUCUCCAUCUUCUGGAGGGCUCAGCUGCAGGAGGUGGACUUCUCUGAAAACAACCUGAAGGAGCUUCCCUCAUAUAUCUUUGAACUGGAGGCUCUGGUCUCGUUGAAGCUGUGUGGGAAUCAGAUUGCAACACUCCCAGCCCCCAAUAAGUGGAAGUGCUGUCAGCUCAGGACCCUCGAUCUUUCCAGGAACCAGCUGGGCAAAACAGAGGAGGGGCCCAAAUCCAGAAAAUUGGCCUUCUUGACUACAUGGAACAGGAGGGACCCAGACCCUGUGUGUCCCAUAGAGUUUCCCAUUAUUCUGCGGGAUUCACUCGAAGUGCUUUACUUGAAUGACAACCAGCUGGACAGUGUUCCACAAUCACUGUGUGGUCUGCACAACCUCACUGAGCUCUACCUCUCCAAUAAUCCUGGAAUCCGGGAGCUUCCAGCAGAGCUUGGUCAGUUAUCCAACCUGUGGCAGCUGGACAUAGAAGACCUCAACAUUACUAAUGUACCACAGGAAGUGAGAAGAGAAGGGCCUUCGUCUGUCCUGGCUUUUCUCCGGGCACAUCUACGAAAAGCAGAGCCUUGCAGACUGUUGAAGAUGGUUGUGAUUGGUCCACCGAGGCAGGGGAAGUCCGCGCUUUUGGAGGCUCUGCAGACCGGCAAGGCCUCUCCCUUCACCCCAGUAGAAUGCUGCAUCUCCACCUCCAUCUGGGAGCUGGACAAACCCAAUGGAGGCAAAAACAAUAAGGACUCGGUGAUGUUCAACAUGUGGGACAUUGGUGGUCAAGCCAGCAUGUCCACAGUGAACCAGUGUUUCUUCACUGACAAGGCCCUGUACAUGGUGAUCUGGAACCUUGCUCUUGGAGAGGAGGCUGUGGCCAACCUGCAGACAUGGCUGCUCAACAUAGAGGCACGAGCACCCAACUCUUCAGUGGUGGUAGUAGGAACACAUUUGGAUCUCAUUGACACCAAGUUUCGCACAGAGAGACUGGCGACACUGAGAGCCUAUGUCCUGGCUCUGUGUCGAUCUCCAUCAGGGGCUCGAGCCACUGGCUACCCUGACAUCACCUGGAAGCACCUGCAUGAAGUGUCCUGUAAAACCCUGGAGGGUCUAGAUGGUCUGAAGACCCUGAUCUACAAUGUGGCUCUCUCCAUGAAAGACAACAGCAGCAGCUCGGCCUAUGGCAGUAAACUACUGGGCAGACUGAUUCCCAAGAGCUACUUGACCCUUCAGGAUACAGUGAUAGAAGAAAAACUGCGGCGUGAAUCCGAGGGAGAGGUCCAGUAUCUAACUAAUGCCCAGCUGGACAGCAUUAUUGAACAGAACCCAGGAAGUGAUAUCAGAGACUAUGAGGACCUGCAGACGGCCAUCAGUUUCUUGAUAGAAACAGGGACUCUGUUGCACUUCCCGGACACCAGCCAUGGCCUGUGUACCUUAUACUUCCUGUGUCCUGUGUGGCUGUCAGAAUGCCUGGAGAGGAUCGUACACCUCAAGUCCUCUCGCUCUGUAGCCAGGAAUGGAGUGAUCCGAACUGAAGACCUCAGGAUGUUGUUGGUGGGAACGGGGUUCACCCAGCAAACAGAGGAACAGUAUUUCCAGUUUCUGGCCAAGUUUGAAAUUGCUCUGCCUGUGGCUAACAAUAGCUAUCUGCUGCCCCACCUCCUUCCCCCUAAGCCAGCCAUGGACAUCCAUGGCUUCCGCCAGCAAACCACCAAUACACUUCAGCGCCUUUUCAAGAUGAGCUUUGUUCCUGCGGGAUUUUGGGAGCGCUUCAUCGCCAGGAUGCUCAUAAGCCUCACAGAGAUGGACCUGCAGUCAUUUGAGCCCAAAGCGAAAAACUCCAGGGGCCAGCAUAGCAGGAACUCUGUAAUCUACAGCUUUGCUGGAACACAGCAGAGGAACCGCUGCAGCACCUUCAGAGUACGACGCAGCCAGACCAUCUACUGGAAAGAGGGGCUGCUGGUCACUUUCGAUGGAGGUUACCUCAGCGUUGAGUCAUCAGAUGUCAACUGGAAGCGGAAGAAAAGUGGAGGCAUAAAGAUCAUCUGUCAGUCGGAGAUGAGGGAUUUCUCUGCCAUGGCGUUCAUCACAGACCAUGUCAACUCUCUGAUCGAGCAGUGGUUCCCAGCUUUGACAGCCAGUGAGAGUGAUGGGAGUCUCCUCAUAGAACAGUACGCCCCCUGUUCUCUCUGUGCCUCACUGGGCCAGCACAAGGAGGCCCAGCACCCGGACAGCCAGCCCGGCCAGGUCAGAGAGAAAAGAGGACAUGGAGAAGAUGGUAGAGGAAGUGGAGGAACAAAGGUUCAUUACUUUAACAUGGAGGACUGUGUGCUGGCUGCUGUGGAGAAGGAGCACAUCAUCUGUCCUCAGCACCCUGAUCAGCCAGUCCCACUCCAAGAACUGGUCCCAGAACUCUUCAUGACUGACUUCCCUGCGAGGCUGUUUCUGGAGAAGGCCAAGCUGGACUACUCUGAGGAGGAGAAUGACAUCCUUGGACAGGGCGGCAGUGGAACCGUCAUCUACCGUGCUCGCUAUCACGACCUGCCGGUGGCAAUCAAGCGCUUCCACUUUAAGAAGUGUCGACAGCUAACAAUCAGUAGUGACACAGACACCAUGGUGAAACAUCUGCAGUCUGCAAAUGCCUAUCGGAGCUUCUCUGAGUUUCGCCAGGAGGCCAGUAUGUUGCACUCUCUGCAGCAUCCCUGCAUUGUCUGCCUGGUGGGCAUCAGCAUUCAUCCACUCUGCUUCGCACUGCAGUUAGCCCCCCUGGGUAGCCUCAACACAGUGCUAGAGGAGAAGCACAAAGGCAAAAAUUCCAGUUACAUGCCGCUUGGUCACAUGCUAACCUUCAAAGUAGCCUAUCAGAUUGCAGCAGGACUGGCGUACCUUCACAGAAAGAACAUCAUCUUCUGUGACCUCAAAUCUGACAACAUCCUGGUGUGGUCUCUGGAGGUCCAGGAUCCAGUCAACAUAAAGCUGUCUGACUACGGAAUAUCUCGACAAUCCUUUCAUGAAGGGGCAUUGGGAGUUGAGGGCACACCGGGUUACCAGGCUCCUGAGAUCAGACCAGGGAUUGUGUACGAUGAGAAAGUGGAUAUGUUCUCCUAUGGUAUGGUGAUGUAUGAGCUGCUGUCUGGGCGAAGGCCUGCACUAGGAAAUCACCAGCUUCAGAUAGCAAAGAAGCUCUCCAAAGGCAUUCGACCAGUUCUGGGCAGUCCAGAGGAGGUUCAGUUCUACAGCCUCCACAGCAUGCUCACUGAAUGCUGGGACACAAAACCGGAGAAGAGGCCAAUGGCGAUGCAGUGUGUGAGGCAGAUGCAGGAGCCCAGUUUCCCCUGCCUCAGGUAUCUAUUGUCCUGUGACAGCCACUCACAGCUCUUCCUGUCCCAGCUGCAGGGACACAGCGCUGUGUUCUGGAGUGGAGACAAGGAAGACAGGAACUACAGUGUGGUGAAUGUGAAGAAGGGCCAGGUGGAGGUGAAGAGGAUGUCGUGUCCAGGCAGCAGGAUUAGCAGCCAGAUGAAGAUGUCCAAUUCAUUGUGGAUGGCCACUGAGGAACAGGAGGUGUUCAUCUACAGUCUGAAGGACAUGUGUCCACUCAGUCAACCCCAGAAACAGCUCUCCUGUCCAGCCGUCAUCACCUGCCUGUUCCCUGUCCCAGCUAGAGAGCAGAGCCUGGCCAGAGUGUUUGCAGGGAUGUCUGACGGCCUGGUGGCAGUGUACAGCCUGGUGGAGGACCUUCCUCUGGAGGGGGAGACUUACCUGUGUUCACACACUCUAAACAAGACGGUGUUUGGUCUGAAGGACACAGAUCCCAGGCAGAGGCCCUACUCGGUCAGGAGCAUGACUCUUGUCGGCAGUGGUUCCCAGUUGUGGUUCUCCAACGGACCGGGUGUGCUCGUCAUCGACUGUCUGAAUCUUCAGGCAGUCCGAAGAUUGGACCCCUACAGCCCACCAUCUUCCGUUGUAUCCAUGGCAACCAGCUUCAGUCUGUGGGGACAUGAAGCAGUCUGGACCCUGGAUGACCACACCAACACUCUGCUGCUUUACCACGCUGCCUCCUACGAGCUCUGCGCCAAGUACUGCUGCGGAGACACCAAUCCUCUGCGAGAUGUCUUCACUGUGCAACGUCCUGCAGGACUGACGACGGGGGCAAACACUGAUCUCAACACCAGACCAGACCCAAAAGAGAAGCAGGAAUGGACUAAUGGAGAAGUGACACUGAUAUACAGUGAAGAGGCCGGAACUCAGAUCAUCCAGCACCAGGAUUCACUGACAGACUACUGCUCCAUUUCAUCUAACUGCUCCCUGGAGCCACCAGAGUCAGACUAUUCUAGCACCGCAGAUCCCAGCUCGUUAGCCAGCUCCAGUAGUGUUCUACUGCCUGCAGACUUGGACGAGACGGACAGGAAGCAGGAGCUUCAGUCAUCCAUCAACCCUGAGUCUGAUCUGAACUCUGCAGAAACCCCAAACGCCACAACACCUCAGCUGCAAGCUUUCACUGUUCUGCCAGUGAAUGGAACUGUGUGGAUCCCCAGGCGAGGAGGAGAUGUGAUCGUCAUUGAGAUGCAGUCGCAUGCUGAACAGCUGAGGGGGCGUGUCAUUGCUGUCCUCAGUCCACCUGGAUGCUUCUCUUUGGGGAUCCUGGAAGAGGCAGCACUAGUGGCAAAGGAUACAGUUGUAUGUGGCUUUCGGAAGGAAAACAUGGAGUGGUGCCUGUGUGUCUGGAGGGGCUGGGGCUGCUACGAGCUGGAAGUCUUCUACCAGUCCUACGAGGAACUGGGCCGCUUGGAGACCAACAUGAGGAAAAGAAGGUAGCUGUUGUGCUGCGACAGCGAGGUGCAGAAUCACAGCUCUGUACGGUGGCUGUGCCGAAGGGAAUACACACUGACAGAGUGCCAGUGUUCAGAGCAGGGGGCUGCCAAACGGCAACAUCAGGGCGGCACAGGGCUGAGGCUCAAGCUGGGCAAAGCGGUUAUGCCCUCUCACCCCCCUACUACAUGCCUCAGCAACAGUAAUAAGUUAAGACCUCAAAAAAAUCAAUAAUCACACAGCUGAUGCAAAAACGCUGAGUCACAGAUCAAGGCUGUAAGAACAAAGGAUGCUUUAAUAAGUGCCCUUACGUCAGCCCAGCAGUCUGUCAGCCACUCCAGUAUGACUGGGAUUCAGCUCAAGAUGUGGUGAACUGUUUGGGGCUCGCUCCAGCUGCUGCAGUCUAUUGUUUAUUCCUUGUCUGUCAAUUUCAGUCUUCCUUCAUUGAACAGUCUGAAACGUUGUGCCCUCCGGAGGAGACCCGGGACGGGAACAUUCUUAAGGGACAAGUGAUGACUUUUUUUUUGAUGAACUGAUUUGAGUGAAGACAGAGCUGCUGUUUCUCAGCACAAUGCUUCAGUUUUGCUCGAGGUUGUGUUUUUUAUAUAUAUAUAUAAAACAGCAGGUGUUAGAUGGGUGGAUGCCAGUAACACUCCUGUGCCACAUGAAUCUGCAUGCUAGCUGCACCACUGGAACCCGAGAGGCCUGGAAGCAACAAACUGACACAGGCAUCUUUUGUGCAGAAUUAUGCAAAAGACCAGUUGUUCAUGCUUUGUUAUUUAAAUACAGUGCUUGUGGCAGAUUCUGAUUUAAAAGAACUUUUUUUUUUAUUAUGAAGCUCGAUUUUUGUCUUUGGAGCUUCUCCUCCGCUGGCAUCUGUGAAUAAUCUGAGAAGAUUAAAAGUAUUGUUGAGGUAUUACCUCUAAUAUUAAGUAGUCGUUGUGUCUGUUCCUCAUAGAGUUCACUACCCCCACAAGGGUUUCACAGGAAAUGGUGCAAAAUGUACGGCACCCAGACAGAAGACAGAGGCUGCCUCGUGGGCUUAUUUUAGUCGCCUUUAUUAAAGCACUCUGAUGAAUCCUCUCAGCUGCACUUUGUUUGACUGGACUGUAAACAGACACAUCGCUUGUUCACUGUUCCAUUUUCCACAAAGUAGCAGUUCAAGGCGGCCAGUGAAUAAUAUGAGCGUAAUUAGAAAAUUCACUGAACUCUGUUAUUUUUUUAAUAAAGUUAAAAAACUACUACCGAAGCUUCCAUGAUGUUUUGACAACUUGCCACCAGUUUUUCAUGGGGUUGUCUUUGUGUUUUCCAAUAAAAUGUAAUCAUUUUUGUUUUUUCUUUGUUAAUAUGUCAUGAAAUGUCAGCCAUGCAGAAAACCAUCUGAGAUGUAAUUAUUAGUGAGACAGAUGCUGUUUCUGAUGGGGAGAAGCACUUUGAUUCUCUGUAACUCCAUGAGUCAGAGUGCUUAUCCUACAAUCAGCCCUCAGUUCUGUUGUCUUUUAUUUGUGAUGUCUAAUCUUGUCCAAGGAUGUCUUAAAGUCUGAAGAAUGUAGCACUAAUCCUAAUAUCAUCAGAUCAUCAGAUGAGUUCCAUUUGGUGAAGGUGAUUUCCACAAUUAAUGAAACAUGUCUUAUCACAGACAUGGCACUUUGAUUCGGAAUUCAGUAAUAGUGCAUUACUGAGAACAUGGCUUUGGGUAAAGUGUUCGUAAAUAGUUUUUUUUUUUUUUUUUUUUUGGCAAGCUUACAGUUUCGUAAUGGCCAGCAAAGAGCUGUGUAUUGUCCUUAGCAUCCUUGUAGUAUAAGGCAGAGGUUAUUUAUUUACCACAGUGUAUAAUGAAACAAGUAUCGGAAUAGAUGUUUUACAUAAUCACUGUACUGAAUAAAGCUCUUUUAAUAAA